AUGUCUCCUCCCGCAAUGGCACCUGCGCUGGGGUCGGCAGGAACAGAAUAUAAAAAAGAGUCUGGAACUGCGAGGUUACUCGGGUCAGGCUCGGCAGGCGUCGCAGAACUUCUGAUCUUCCAUCCUGUCGACACAAUCGCCAAACGGUUGAUGAGUAACUCCAGCAAAGUGACCUCCGUGUCUGCUUUCAACAGCGUCAUCUUCCGCGAAUACGCCUCGGCUCCUAUCUCCACGAAAUUCACCUCCCUGUUUCCCGGUCUCGGUUAUGCCGCCGGUUACAAAAUUCUACAACGGAUAUACAAAUAUGGCGGCCAGCCUUUCGUGCGUGACUACUUGACAAAACAUCACGAGCAGGACUUUGACAAGGCGUUCGGCAAAGGAACCGGGAAAGCCAUGCUCAAUGCCACUGCGGGUUCGUUUAUCGGCAUUGGCGAGAUCGUCCUUUUGCCUCUAGACGUAUUAAAGAUUAAGCGACAGACCAAUCCUGAAGCUUUUCGGUCCCGAGGUUUCUUCCGAAUUGUUGCUGACGAAGGCAUGGGCUUGUACCGUGGGGCCGGAUGGACGGCUGCGCGUAAUGCCCCUGGAUCUUUUGCCCUGUUUGGCGGUUCGGCGUGGGCCAAGGAGAAGCUUUUCAAACUGGAGGACUACAACAAGGCGACCUGGGGGCAGAAUUUUGUUGCGUCAGUCGUCGGUGCAUCCGGGAGUUUGAUUGUCUCUGCCCCGCUGGAUGUCAUCAAAACCAGAAUACAGAAUCGCAACUUCGAGAAUCCGGAGUCAGGAUUCAGGAUCGUGGCGAGUAUGAUGAAGCACGAAGGCAUCACGUCCUUUUUCAAGGGGCUUACGCCGAAAAUGCUCAUGACCGGGCCGAAGUUGGUGUUCAGCUUUUGGCUGGCCCAGACUCUGAUUCCCGCUUUCGGGAAAAUCGUGUAA